AUGGAGAAGAAGAUACAUGGGAUAGUUCUCUUACUCACACUACUCUUGACUCAUGAAAUAAUGAUACUAUGUGAGGCGAGAAUGUGCCAUUCGAAGAGCAAGAAGUUCAAGGGAAUGUGUUUAUGGUUGAGUACUAAUCAUAUGGAGAAUUGCAAAACAAUGUGCAGGCAAGAAGCUUUUAUGACCGGAAAAUGCUUGCGUGGAAGUUGUUUGUGUGUUAAGAAAUGUGGGACAUCGAGCGGCCAACCAUCAAAUCCGCCGCCAAAACUAAAUCGGCCACCACCACAGGGGGCUAAGGGAGCCGAUGAGGGAGGUAAUGGGGAUGAGGAAGGUGGGGCAAUCAAGAUUUUUAUGUACGAGUUGGAUGCAGAUGAAAUUAUGAUACUAUGCGACGCCAGAAUGUGCCAUUCGAGGAGCAAGAAGUACAAGGGAACAUGUUUAUGGAGUAAUCAAAGGAUGAAUUGCAAAACAAUGUGCCGGCAAGAAGCUUUCACGACCGGAAGUUGCUCGCGUGGAAGUUGUUUGUGCAUCAAGAAAUGUGGCACAAAGGGUGGUCGCCCUUCAAAUCCACCUCCAAAACUAAAUCCGCCACCACCACAGGGGGCUGAGGGACCCGAUACUGGUGGCAAUGGGGACGAGGAAGGUGGCGCGUGA